CGUGCGUGAGCUGGCGCGCGAGAAAGCGCUCGGUCGCGCCGAGGCUCGAGCGGCCGUCGCCAUUUUGUAGGGUUCUCUCUGACGCGGGACCCGCCGCCACCGCCGGCACCACCCGGAGGCUCUUGUCAGGAUGGUGAAGCUGUUCAUUGGAAAUCUGCCCCGGGAGGCCACAGAGCAAGAGAUCCGCUCACUCUUCGAGCAGUACGGGAAGGUGCUGGAAUGUGACAUCAUUAAGAACUAUGGCUUUGUGCACAUAGAGGACAAGACGGCCGCUGAGGAUGCCAUUCGCAACCUGCACCACUACAAGCUGCACGGAGUGAACAUCAAUGUGGAAGCCAGCAAGAAUAAGAGCAAAGCUUCAACCAAGUUACAUGUGGGCAACAUCAGCCCCACGUGCACCAACCAAGAGCUUCGGGCCAAGUUUGAGGAGUAUGGCCCGGUCAUCGAAUGUGACAUCGUGAAAGAUUAUGCCUUUGUACACAUGGAGCGGGCAGAGGAUGCAGUGGAGGCCAUCAGGGGCCUUGACAACACAGAGUUUCAAGGCAAACGAAUGCAUGUGCAGUUGUCAACUAGUCGACUUCGGACUGCCCCUGGGAUGGGAGACCAGAGUGGUUGCUAUCGGUGUGGGAAAGAAGGACACUGGUCCAAAGAGUGCCCAGUAGACCGUACAGGGCGUGUGGCAGACUUUACUGAGCAAUACAAUGAACAGUAUGGAGCAGUGCGCACGCCCUAUACCAUGGGUUAUGGGGAAUCCAUGUAUUACAACGAUGCCUAUGGAGCACUUGACUACUAUAAGCGCUACCGGGUCCGAUCUUAUGAAGCUGUGGCAGCAGCCGCUGCAGCUUCUGCAUACAAUUAUGCAGAGCAGACCAUGUCUCAUCUUCCUCAAGUCCAGAGCUCAGCUGUGCCCAGUCACCUCAACUCCACUUCUGUUGAUCCCUAUGACAGACACCUAUUGCAGAACUCCGGCUCAGCUGCCACCUCAGCAGCCAUGGCUGCCGCUGCCCCUUCCUCCUAUUAUGGAAGGGACAGGAGCCCACUACGUCGGAAUGCAGCUGUGCUCCCUGCAGUUGGAGAGGGCUACGGUUAUGGGCCAGAGAGUGAGAUGUCUCAGGCUUCAGCAGCGACACGGAAUUCUCUGUAUGACAUGGCUCGGUAUGAGCGGGAGCAGUAUGUGGACCGAGCACGGUACUCAGCCUUUUAAAAACUGGAGGUGUGAACCUCAAAUGGACUGAAUAACCCUGAGUUGGUUGCAGUCCCAGGAGCCUGAUGUUAAUGAGGCUGCCAGGAUGAAAUACUCUACAACUGUUGGGGAUCCAAAUUCAGGUCUCACCCUAACAGAACUGAUCCAAGAACAUCACAGCUUUUGAAGUCGAUUGGCACAGAUCAAGACCAAGAUUUGGCCCUGUGUCUGUAUUAAGUAGAGGAGCUUGGUGUGAGUUAACUUUUUUUUUCCCCCAGCCAUUGGUGUCUGGAGUUCCCAUCAUCAAUGGAGGAAUUAGACAGUCUUAGCAGUGGUUUCUUCUUUUGAUUUGUCAAGGGAUAUUUGGUCAAUUAGAAAACUACUGCUACUAUGGUUCUGAACUGACAGUGUGCCAUGUAGAUAACUUAAAGGGUGACUGACUAACUGCUCUUUGAGACUCUAUCUAGUCUUUGUGACUACAUUUUUUAAAAAAAUGUUUUCUUUGGAACAUUUGUAAUGUAAAAUUGGGCUGGGCAUGGGUGGUGGAUGUCUGUAGUCCCAGCUACUUAGGAUUGCUUUAGAACAGAAGUUCAUGGUCAUCGUGGGCAACAUAAUUAAAUCCCAUCUCUUAAAAAGGAAAAGAGAGAAACUGACUAUAUCUGAUAUCUUACCAUCUUUUGCUUCUUUUUCCUGGACAAAAUUCCUACAAAAUUAAUCUGUAGUCAUUGAAAAUGUGUACCUUCCUUGAAGCAGUGGUAGCCUUCUACUACAGGGGUUACCUAAGUUAAGACAGGAGAAAGCUGAGUUUGCAUCUUGUACAGCAUACAGCUGUAAGCAGGUUCCUAGAUGUAGCUAUUAGACUCCUGGGUGAUUUUGUGGGAUACACAUUCAACCCAGUCUGACUUGAUUUUGUUUUGUUCUUUUGUUUCUCCCUCUCCCCCCCUGGAAUACAGGACGGGACCAGGGCCCUUGUACUCGGAACCAGGCUGCUCUCCAGGCAUUGUGUAAGCCUCUUGUGUUGUGCUUUCUUUCAGGUAGGAUAAUUGCGGACUGAACCCUCGGGCUGCGGUCAUAUAUGAGAACUUGGUCCUCGCGGUCCCCUUUGCCGGGAUGUUUCCAUUGCUUCAUGUUUCAGUAAACAAAGGAAUUUGUGACCAACUAUGUUUCUUUUCUUAAUUCUGAGUUGACUCUCCUUCCUCGAUGCUAGUUGUCUGUCCUUUAUUCUCAGCCUCUGAGCAGCCCUAGGUAAGGGUCAUGCUGGCGUCCCCCUUUCUCCUGUACAGUGGAGCCCCUCGUAAUCUUGCUCUCCCUAGGGGUUGAGCCCUUGGUCCCGCCUUCCUGCAGCACCUCCUCUCCCUUUAAGAUGACCAUGUAGUGGCGAGCAGCCUUUAACUCCUGUUAGCUCUGGACUAUAACACUGAAGCUCAAUUUCUGAAGUUGCUAGGACCGUUGGGGUUUUGUUGUUGUUUCAGUUUGAUUUGUUUGUUUGUUUUGUUUUUUUGUUUUCCUGGUUUUGUCUGACCUGUGAUCGUGGUAUAGCAUUAGCUGAAAUUUAGCCUUGUUUUAUUCCACUCCUCCCAUUUUUUUUUUUUUU